AUGUCCUGGCAAUCCUACGUCGACGACCACCUUAUCGCGACCGGCAAGAUCUGCAAAGCCGCCAUUAUCGGCAAGCAGGGCGGUGUGUGGGCCGCUUCGGCUGGGUACGAUCUCUCGCAGGCCGAGCAGAACUUUAUCACCCAGACGGCGUUCACCGACCCCGACACUGUCCGUGGUGGCGGUAUCACCCUCAACGGGUUCAAGUUCAUGACGAUCCAGGCCAACCCCGACGAGGUGAUUGGCCGGAAAGGCGAGCGUGGCGUCUUCCUCAUCCCCACCACGCAGGCCAUUCUCGUCGGCGAGUACGAGGGCACGCCCGCGGGCGACGGCAACGUCAUUGUGACCAAGCUCGCCGACUACCUCAAGGGCGUGGGUUACUAG